UACUGGGCUGUAUAGAUAUUGGUCUCUUUGCCUGUCAUUUUUGAAAAAAUAUACAAAAGAAAAAAAUAAACAUUUUUUUUAUUUUUUUUACGUGACAUCAUAGUGAAAUUGAAAUAUCUGUAUACAAAUUUCAUGUCUUUAUUAAUUUUUAAUAUCGAUACAUUGAAGUUUCGAAAAUGAAUAAGUUACUCUCAUUUAGGAUAUUCUCGCGUUAUAUAAUACGAAAUAUGUGUACACCGUCAACUUCUGGUCCAUCUUCGUCCUCCGGAUCUAUACGUGCACAAUACAAACCUUCAGAAUUCCAAAAGUUUAUUUUAGUUUGGACAAAGAAAUUCAAGUCAAAGGAAGAAAUACCCACCUUUGUAUCAGCUGACUUAAUUGAGCGAUCUCGUAGUGAAGCCAGAAUUAAAAUUGCAAAUAUUCUCAUGCUCCUGACAGCUCUUGCAAGUCUUGGUGCUAUACUAGCUGGGAAAGCUGCUGCAAAACGAGGUGAAUCUGUACAUCAGAUGAACUUAGACUGGCACAAAAAAUAUGAAGAAGACUAUAUUAAGAAACAAGAAGCACCAUCUAAAUAAAAUUAAGUUGGUUUAACUGUUAUACCCAUAAAUAUGUAAAAACUAUAGAAAUAAGUAUUUAUAUUAUAUAUUUGUGAUUUCUGAUGUAGUAUAAAUAAAUGUAAAAAAAAUUGAAUAAUAAACAAAUUAGUGAAGCAAUAUAA